AUGUCCAACAGCGAAGAAAACCUUGAUACACCCGAACUCAUCUCUGGCGGAAAACGUCCGCAUGUGAGAACUUAUGCAAACGUGCCUGCUUUUUACGUCGGAGACAGCGUCUAUUACACCCAAAGUAACGGUGUUCGCGAUGGACCUUUUCUCGUGGCAACAGCACCUUCAGGUGGAACAUGCACUCUCUGCUACAGCAAUGGAAGACCCUACCAGAAUAAUGCCAGGAUAAACGGUACAGAAGGAGGGGGGAGGGUAUCAUCGAAUCAGGCUGUGCGGCUGAAAGAUGAGAGAUUACGGAGGAUGAGCAGUUCAAGUAUCCCUGUCAUAAGCUUAAUUUUCCCUCACUACGCGGGGGCAGAAACAACAUUUACACAACAUACUAUUCCGACCAACAUCAAAUGCUUCACUGCCACUGCGAUCUCACUACCUGAUAAACCUGGGCUAGAGGAAGAUCCAACCCUAUGGCCAACCUACAGCAAUGUGACAGCUGCCAUCAGAGAAGUUACGGCAACCGCACAGCCUGGCCACUGUGUCUAUAUGCACUUCUCAGGGCACGGUGUCAGGUUAUCGCCGAUGGGCGAAUUUUCUGAUUACGGAACUGGAGACCUGGCACUUGGUCUGUUGAGCAGAGAUGCGACUAGGGCUCAGCCACUUGGUGGCCAGUUGUUGGCUAUAUUGCUCAAUGCCAUGGUGACAAAGGGUUUAGUCGUCACUCUUGUACUAGAUUGCUGCUUUGCUGCGAGUAUCUAUCGACUGGAACGCAAGAACGUUCGAUUUCUUCCCUUCGACGCUGCAACAUUUGUCAUGGACCAUGAUGAGCCCACCGAGACUAUUGCACAAGCCUCUUCCAGCUGUAGAGAUUUAUCUAUGCAACCUAGCUGGCUGAUUGAUCCAAAUGGCUAUGCUAUUCUCGCAGCCUGUGGUCCUCAUGAAGAAGCUACAGAGGUAAUACUAGGCGGAGUCGAACACGGCGCUUUAUCCUUCUUCCUGGCGCGAAGUCUUAGGGACUUUGGAAUGAACAAAAGACAUCGGGACGUCUUCUAUCGUAUUUCGCCAAGUUUCAAGGCAAACAAACUGGAUCAGACUCCGGCCUUGUACGGAAAUAAGAAUCAAGAGUUCUUCGGACCGCACACCCUCGCAACUACACGUUCUGUCAUACCAGCCUACAAGAGUAGACAAGAAACUUUUACUCUAGAAGCUGGACAAGCGCAUGGAUUCAGAGGAGGGGAUGACUUCAUUCUGUAUCCCUCUGGGGUAGUCGAUGGAAGCGCCGCACUACACAAUAAUGUGAUAGCUGCUAGAAUCAGCAACCUCGGACCUCUCACAUCUGUGCUGGGUCUUACGUAUGGGGGGAAGAUAACCGAGACUAAGUGCGUUGCUGAGCCUCAGUCCAGGCAGUGCUUCCAUGAUUUCCCCAUAACUCUGAGUGACGAGGUUCCCAAACCUGAAGAGUAG